GCUGCACGGUGCAUUGUACAUGUGUUAACUCUCCCUUGAUCCAAUAGUCUAUAUAAACCAGGUUCUUUCCUCUGGCAAUUUCACACUAGCUGCGUUAUUUAGUUGUAGAGCAACAAGUUACUUGUGGCCGGACCAAGAUCCGUCUCUGAUCUCUCUCCAAUUUUUUGAAGAUUCUUCUGUGCAACUAUGGGAAGCAUAGGGACGGUGCAGGAGCUUGCUGGCGCCCUCGGCACGCCCGACGUGCCAGCUCAGUACAUCGCGCGCCCACACGAGGACCAACAGCUCGCCGAGGCGGUCGUAGCGCCGGUCCCUGUCAUCGACCUCGUUAGCCUUUCGGAGCUCGGCGACGGCAUCUCCGACGAGGCGGCGAAGCUCCGGUCAGCCAUCGAGUCUUGGGGCCUCUUCAUGGUCUGUAACCACGGAGUAGAUGCCGUAAUGGACAACAUGAUGGCCGCGUCAAGGGAGUUCUUCCGGCAGCCGCUCAAAGAGAAGCAGAGAUACACCAACCUGAACGGCGGCGAGCAGUUCCAGUUCGAGGGGUAUGGGAACGACCGGGUGAGCUCGCCGGACCAAAUCCUUGACUGGACUGAUCGCCUCUACCUCAAGGUGGAACCAGAGGAUGAGCGGAGCAUCGCCCUCUGGCCAGCACAUCCCGAAACCUUUAGGGAUGCUCUGCACGAGUUUACGAAGAAAUGCGGAGGAGUGAAGGACGAUCUGCUCAGGGCAAUGGCGAAGCUGCUGCAACUUGACAACGAUAAUUACUUUGUGGAACACUUCGGGGAGAAGCCUCUCACUGACGCGAGAUGCAGCUACUACCCGGAGUGCCCGAGGCCGGAGCUCGUGUUUGGCCUCAAGCCCCACACCGAUGCAACUGUUGUUACUGUCCUUAUGGUCGAUGACAGGGUUGGUGGCCUACAAGUUCUCAAAGAUGGGGUCUGGUGGGAUGUACCGAUCGUACCUCACACACUACUCAUGAUCAUAGGAGAUCAAAUUGAGAUAAUGAGCAAUGGGCUCUUUAAGAGCCCUCUGCAUAGGGUCGUGACAAACACAAAGAAAGAGAGGCUAUCGGUGGCACUAGACUACUAUGUUGAUCCUGAGAGAAUAAUCGAGCCAUCGGCUCAGUUGGUCAAUGAGAAGCGGCCGGUGUUGUAUACAAAAGUGAAGGUUAAGGACUACUUUGCCAGAAGUUACAACGCUUUUACUCAAGGGAAAAUGGUUAUCGAUACAGUGAAGAUCUAACUAACUCUACUAUCACUGCUUUCAUUCAAUAAAAUAUGGUCAUUCUGCAAAAGAAGUGUUUGUAUUCUAUUUUAUACCUAAUGAUA